CAUUAUGCCUUUCAUUCAUCCACCUAUAGCUACUCACUGCAACCUUUUCUUAAACCAACAAUAACAUCAAAGCAAGCUGGUUCUAAAUUCUUUACCAAAAUGGCUGCAAAACGGUUUUUCGAUGAUUCUAAUCAAGACAAAGACAAACCAAAUGACAAACGGAUAAGAACUACAACAAUACCUUCUUUUGCUUCGGUGAUAGGAGAAGUUGUUAUGGUGAAAAACAUGCAAAACCUUUUCUCUGGCUUGGAACCUUUACUUAGAAGAGUGGUGAAUGAAGAGGUUGAACGAGCAAUGAGACAAUGUUAUCCACCAGUACGAUCAAUAACAAAGUCACCUUCAUUGAGACUUGAAGGAAUGGAAGAACCAUUAAGUUUGCAAUUCAUGUUCAAAAAUAAACUUUCACUUCCAAUAUUCACCGGUAGCAAAAUACUAGACAUGGAUGGAAACUCAAUCAGUGUGAUUCUUGUUGACCGAAGCAAUGACCAAGUAGUCCCUACAAGUCUAUCACACCCAAUCAAGAUAGAAAUUGUAGUUCUUGAUGGAGAUUUUCCUCCUAGUAAAAAGGAAUCAUCAUGGACUAGUGAGGAAUUUAAUAACAGUAUUGUGAAAGAGAGAACUGGGAAAAGGCCAUUGCUUACAGGAGAAUUAAAUCUUACUAUGAGGGAUGGAAUUGCACCAAUUGGUGAUAUUGAGUUCACUGAUAAUUCAAGUUGGAUACGUAGUAGAAAGUUUAGAGUUGCUGUUAGAAUUGCUCCUGGGACUAAUCAAAGUGUCCGAAUUCUUGAAGGCAUGACAGAAGCUUUUGUUGUUAAGGAUCACCGUGGAGAAUUGUACAAGAAACAUCAUCCACCAAGUCUAAAGGAUGAAGUUUGGCGCUUAGAGAAGAUUGGUAAAGAUGGAGCUUUCCACAAAAAGUUGACCUUAGAAGGGAUUACAACAGUUCAAGAGUUUCUCAAGUUGUCUGUAGUUGACCCUCUUAGGCUCAGAAAGAUUUUAGGCAUUGGUAUGUCAGAGAAAAUGUGGGAUGUGACAAUUAAACAUGCAAAGACUUGUGUAAUGGGAAACAAACUCUAUGUUUACCGUGGGCCCCAAUUUACCAUCCAUUUGAAUGCAAUAUGCCAAAUGGUUAGAGCUAACAUCAAUGGCCAAACCAUUCCCAACCGAGACAUUUGCAACAUGGACAAGAGCUACAUACAAAACUAUGUGAGAGAAGCAUAUGCUAGAUGGAAUGAGUUGGAGGAAAUUGAUGAAGUUUUGAAUGACAACGUUGCUUUGUUAACUCAAGGUGAAACCAUGGAGCAAUUUCCAAACAAUAAUCAUCAAGAACCAGUUAUAACAUAUGAUCAAAACAACUAUUUUGGUGAUAAAUCUCUAGAGAAUGGCAACUAUGUAGCAAACAAUAAUAAUGCACAAAUAGGUUGCACCGAUUGGUCAUCAUUUCCCACAUCACCAUUCAUGAAUGGCAUGCCUUACAGCUUCCCAGAUUCACAAUCAGACGGUGGUGAUAUAAGACCUCAUUGAUGGAGCUUCAAGGUGGAAUUAGCAGUUGGAGUAUAAAUAGUGCUUUAGAGUUUUAGUCGGAAAUUGCUCUUCUCCCUUCUUUUUUUUUCUUUUUUUCCGCUCAUUCAAUUGCCUACAGUGUGUUAACUCACGUUAAAAAAUGCCCGCGUGAGUUAACUCACGCCGAUCAUAAUUAAGGGGGGAAUGGACAAUUUUAAAAGGGUGAAGAGUAAUUUUUGUCCUAGUGUCAAGUGCUGGCUCAAAAAAUGCAGUGUCUUUUGACUUAUGUUGGGCUCUCACUUUAAUCUCUGUUUCUAGUUAGACUAGGCAUAGUUAUUUUCUAGGCCCAUUAUAAGGUUGUGUGAAACAUGGGCAUUGUUUGUUCCUCUUCUGCACAAAAAAAUGCAAACCUGCCUCUACCAGGCCAGUGUUAGUAUGUUUAUCAUAAUUUCGAUGAAUUACAAUUUGAUCAAAAAGCAAUUAACAAGGAUCAAAUAUUGCAAAUCUUUUAUAAGCAGAAUAAGUGAAAAAUUCGAGGUUCUGGUGA